CCGCGGGAGACGUGGUGUCGCUGCGGGCUCGCUCUGCCGUGCGCUAGGCUUAGUGGGAAGGCCUGUUCUCGAGUCCGCGCUUUUCGUCGCCGCCAUGUCGGGAGGUGGUGUGAUUCGUGGCCCGGCAGGGAACAACGAUUGCCGCAUCUACGUGGGUAACUUACCUCCAGACAUCCGAACCAAGGACAUUGAGGACGUGUUCUACAAAUACGGUGCUAUCCGCGACAUCGAUCUCAAGAAUCGCCGCGGAGGACCGCCCUUCGCCUUCGUUGAGUUCGAGGACCCUCGAGACGCGGAAGACGCGGUAUAUGGUCGCGACGGCUAUGAUUACGAUGGAUACCGUCUGCGGGUGGAGUUUCCUCGAAGCGGCCGUGGCACAGGCCGAGGCGGCGGCGGGGGUGGCGGUGGCGGAGCUCCCCGAGGCCGCUAUGGCCCCCCAUCCAGGCGUUCUGAAAACAGAGUGGUUGUCUCAGGACUGCCUCCAAGUGGAAGCUGGCAGGAUCUAAAGGAUCACAUGCGUGAAGCAGGUGAUGUAUGUUAUGCUGAUGUUUACCGAGAUGGCACUGGUGUCGUGGAGUUUGUACGGAAAGAAGAUAUGACCUAUGCAGUUCGAAAACUGGAUAACACUAAGUUUAGAUCUCAUGAGACAUAUCUGAAGAGAUGGAUUAAGAAUGCUUUGGAUUAAGGAUUGUGGAGCACAUUUCAAUCAUUUUAGGAUUGUCAAAAGGAGGAUUGAGGAGGAUCAGAUCAAUAAUGGAGGCAAUGGUAUGACUCCAAGUGCUAUUGUCACAGAUGAAAUUGGCAGUAUUGACCUUAUACUAAGAGGCAAGGGUUUAAAGUGAUUAUAUACAUCUAUCUUAAAACACUUGCAAACAUCUUAUGCAGUUAUCUUUAGCUACAAUUGCUUUGCUCUUUAAACCUUGGCAAUUGUGGCCAAUGUUACAUUGCCCAUUUUGUAACAAUUUAUUUUGCUCCCUUCCCCCCCUUUUUUGUUUUAAUAGGGACUAAUGUGGGAAGAACUGGCUAAUUUGUCACAGUGCUUAGUUACAACUGUUAAUGUGUGACCUGCUGUUGGUGUACAUGUGGGUACAGGGUGUCUUUAAUUCCAACCAGAUAGAGUAUAAUAUCAAUACUGCUAAAUCUGCAUGUCCUCUGUGUGACUGAUAUAGCGUUGCUAUUUCAUUUUUUUAAAGACAAAAUGAAAGCAAAAUGGAGAAUUCCGAUAUAUUGGUGUAGAUAAUCUAGUUGGGAAUACUUUUUAAGUCUCACCUCCCCUUUUAACUAAUAUUCAUAAUUGACUCAUGUUUAAAACACGUUAAUUUGAAAAUUAAAUUGCAGAUGGGAGCAUUAGGUUUAGUUUAGAUUUAGGGUGGGUAGCAAUACCAGUAAACUUCUCAACUACAUAACUUUUUGCAACCACAAAACCUGUAAUACGCUGUACAGUAACAAGUGUUGGCAUUAUCAGUUGAACUGUAAAUAUAAAAUGCUUCUUCCAAUUAGUCUCUAUGAUGAUUAAGUUUCUAAAAUUUAUCUGAACACCAUUCAGAAACUUGUUUUGGGGAAUUUGAUAGUUAUUGAUGUACAUCUGUUAAACUGAUGACAGACAUAACUCAUCAUUCCCCAGAAACCUUUUUUGAUUACAGUAUCUAACAUUUUGCCUCCUCUUUUUUGGUUUUGCUGGUUAUAAAGGUUUGGAUUGGAGAGGGCUCACUGGAUCCCAAUCCUUGGAGCUGGAUCAUUGGAUUCAAAUCAUAAUGUGGAUAGGAUAGGGAGGAUGAAUUACAAGGAUUCAUGGAGCGGGAUCAGAUUACCAGGAACAUAGGAGUGGAUUCCUGCCCCAACCAAACCGCAUUCGUGUGGAUUUUUUUUUUUUUUAUUCAACUUAAUUGGCUAUUCCAAAGAUUUUUUUUUUCCUAUUUUUGACGAUUGGAGCCCUUAAGAUGCACGAUGGAAUUGUGUUUUGCAUUUUUUGGUAAAAGGAGCAAAGCGAGGACCUGGAGAUAAUACGCUGGAGCAAUCUCCUUGGAAGGAUUCAGCACGAGUAGAUGGUAAACAUUUAAAGGGGAAAGGGGGGGUUUGUUUAAAAUAGUAAAUCAGUAAGUCACUUCUAAAUUUAAAGAACAAAAUUGGAGUUGAAGAAUAAGUAGGUUUCCAAUUGGCUAUUGCCGUUUUUCUUUGAAAAAAAAUAAACAUUUUUUAAAAAACUA